AUGGUGAUAAAUAAAUAUGAAAUUUUCCUGACUCUCUUUUCUCUAUCUAUCGAACUUCUUGAUUCUGUUUUUUCUUUUCUUCCUAUUUUCUUUUAUUCUUUCUUUCUUUCUUUCUUUCUUUCUUUCUUUCUUUCUUUCUUUCUUUCUUUCUUCCCUUUUCUAUAUUUCUUUUACAUCUAUCUAUCUAUCUAUCUAUCUAUCUAUCUAUCUAUCUGCCACACUAUUUUUGUAUCUAUCUAUCAAAUACUUUUGUUAUUUCUAUCUAUCUAUCUAUCUAUCUAUCUAUCUAUCUAUCUAUCUAUCUAUCUAUCUAUCACACUAUGUUAUUGCUUUAGUAUCUAUCACACAAUUUUCGCAUCUAUCUAUCACAUUCUUUUAAUAUCUAACUAUUUAUUUAUGUAUCGCAUUCUUUUGAGGUUUAUCUAUAAGACACUUUUGGUAUCUAUCUAUCUAUCUAUCUAUCUAUCUAUCUAUCACACUAUACACUUUUGGUAUCUAUCUAUCUAUCUAUCUAUCUAUCUAUCUAUCUAUGUUAUUGCUUUAACACUUUUGGUAUCUAUCUAUCUAUCUAAUUCUAUUCAUAUCUAUCCAUCUAUCUGCCACACUAUUUUUGUAUCUAACUAUCACAUUCUUUUGUUAUCUCUCUCGCUAUCUAUCUAUGAUAUUGAUUUAAUAUCUAUCACACCAUUUUCGCAUCUAUCUAUCUAUCUAUCUAUCUAUCUAUCAUUAUUUUGGUAUCUAACUAUCUAUCUAUGUAUCACAUUCUUUGACAUCUAUCUAUCUAUAACAUACUUUUCGCAUGUAUCUAUCACACCCGUUUCAUAA